AUGUGUGGCCACAAAAAGGAUCGAUGGAGUCCAAUUGUAAGGAAGUAUUGUCCAGUAAAGUGUGCCAGUAUUGACGGGACAUGUCCCAUUCCUCACGACAAAGCAGUCCUACGUGCACUGAAAGCCCGUCAUGUGCCCAACAAAAGAUCCCUCGGAGACCCCUCUCACACAGUAUUUGUUGGAAGACUGGAUCCUAAGACCAAUGAGGACUCAAUAAGGGAAACAAUGAAGCAAUUUGGCCGAAUUAUCAACCUUAGACUGGUAAGGGACUUGGUUACUGGUUUCUCCAAAUGUUAUGCCUUUGUGGAAUAUUCUCGAAGGCACUAUGCCCAAAGAGCCAUUUCUAAAUCCGUUCUGCUUGAUGGCAAAAAUGUUUUUGUUGAUGUGGAACAUGGUCGGUCACUCCCCAACUGGGUUCCCAGGAGGCUGGGCGGGGGGUUUGGGGGACGAAAGGAGUCGGGUCAGCUACGUUUUGGUUGCCUCACGAGGCCUUUUCGAAGGCCUACAAAACAUAUUAUUCAUAAAUUUUAA